AUGUUCUUCAAAACAGCUGCGCUAGCAGCUAUCCUGUGUUCGAGACUAGCCUCUUGUCAGCAGACCAUGUUUGGCUAUGGAGAACUAGUGUACACUGUUACCGUUUCAACCACCGUAGGAGGCACUUUCGGUUCGACGGGCGACGGUAUAAUGUCAACCGCUUUUGCAGGGCUGUACAAUCAGAUCUCGGUAUCCUCGACGACCGACACAGCAGAAGUGACAACCACUGCAGACGGGUUUCUUGCUUACGUCACAGCUGUUACCGAGGCCGGCAGCUUUGCUGAUGACGACGUGGCGCUGUGGGGAUCGAUUAUAUCGGCCGUGAGUGCCAUUGAUUCGGCGGCUGGACAUUAUGCUGGUGCAGUAGCGUCUAUAUACUUUGAGAACACAGACGAUGAACCUGCAGAUGUGGGAACCAUUACCUACGAUAUGGAUGAGGAUGUUGAAUGA